GCGGCUCUCGCCAUUGGUGGACAGCUAUCCUGGUUACCAACCAACACAACACUGGGCACAUGAGAAACCACAAAAAAGCUCGUGAAUUUCAAAGAUAAUGGCUACCAAAGUACUCUUUUUAAAUGGACCUGAUGGACAAAUACGGCACAGAUUUGAGGGAUACGUUUUGAGCAGGAGUGAUCGCCUCUCUUCAAAAAUAUGGGAUAGGGUCAUGUGAGCAGCAUCAUCUGCAGUCACACGAUGGAUAACGAGGAGAGUAAGACGUGCCAAGGAGAGAAGCUCGCCUCUGCUGUAGAUGACACUCUGGAUGAAUAUUUAAUCGCCCUCCAACACAAAAACAGGCUCUUAAAGCGCCUUAAAGUCAAAGACCCCAAGGAGAUUGAGUUGGAACGGCUUGAGCAAGGUUUUUCAAUUUAUCUUAAUGGAGCCAAUGCCGAAGCCAGUAGGAAGCAAGCCAAGGGCUCCAACCAAAGGUCUCCCUCCUCACAGCCACCUUUGAGGCCUACAUGUACAGCAGAUGUCUGUAGAAGCGCCCACCAGCUAACUGAAGACAGUAGUAAACUGGAGCAGACCCACAGGAAGAGAAGCCACACUGCCCCAGGAAAGGUCCAGAGGAAAGAAUGGGUGCAGGAUCCUGUUAAAAUUCGAACAGAGGAUGGACCAAGUUUGCUAAUCUCCCCAACAAAGCGCUACUCUGAUGAUUUUGAGCCCUAUGAAAGCAUAGACAUGGAGAGCUCCAGUCCACGCUCCCCUCGUAGUCCCUGCUGCCAGAGGAACACCUGCAAGGUGUCGCACUCUUUCAGCUCCAGGCCUGAGAGCCGAGGAGACCAGGCAAACCAGGAGCACAGUGAGAAGGUACUUCUCAACCUUGAGGAAGUGAAGGUUUUGCGUCGAAGCCUGGAGGUUAGCAUGCGACGGAGCAGUCGUGGCUCAGCUGGGGAGGAGUCAGAUGAAGAGUGGGUAGAGGAGCAGAUUGAGAGGGAUGAGAGCACAGAGAGUCUGGAUGAACUGGGGCUGCCUCUCCCCUCCUCCAAGUCAUCCUCCAACAGCUCUCGGCCCAGUGGCUCCCAAAGCCAUUUUGACUCAGCGAACCUCAUUGUGCUGGACUUUGGACCCUCACCUAAAGGUCGUAAGAUCGAGCGUUCACUGUCUGCAAAAAGGAAAGAAAGUGUUGAGACUUUUAUACCCACCAAACCUAUGUUGGUGAAGAGCAAGACAUUAGAUAGGCCACCUUCAAAAGAGAGCUGGGAAGGUCAGAGGCCGAGGAGUCGGGUGGAGAGGCCGCUGUCGGCAAAUAGAAAGUCUUCUGUCGAGGACCGGGACCCAGAGGAGGUUGCGAUCAGGGUACGCCAGGCCAUACAGAGAGAAAACAACCCAGUGCAGAGUGUAGAGCUCUUCAGUCGACACACGGUCAGGGGACAUCAGGUGAUGAAUGGUUUAGUGCACCACAACAAGGAUGACAACAAUGUCACUCUGGCCAUGCAGAGAAUCACACUCAUGGGUCCCAGUCAACAACAGAAACUGCUGAAAGCCUUGGAGAAACUUGAAGGUGGACCUGGUUGCAGCAUCCCUCAAAGUGUGAAAACAGACUACACCAAGCAGCCGAGAAGGCAGUCGUCACCAGAGUACACACCUGCAUUGUAUGUUACCAUGGAGAUACUGUCAAACUGGGGGAACACGCUGCAGGUCGGGCUGACUGAGUUGCAGUUCUUCUGCCUCAGAAACAAGAAGCUUUACGUGUCGCCUCAUGAUUUAGACAUCAGGAAUGCUGACUUUCCUGGUAAUUUGGGGGCGCUCGUCAAUGGAAAAGUGAAGACCACCAAAGACCGUCAUAUGUGGACGUGUCCGUUCCACCCACCCAUUCAGCUCUACUUCAUCAUCAGGAACACCGAGCGCUCUCCAGACUUUGGAAUAUCUUGUAUUAAAAUCUGGAACUACAACAGAAGCUUCAAUGAGCUUGACGUAGGUGCACGACAUAUAAAGCUGUACCUGAACAGCACGUUGGUGUUUGAAGGUGAGCUGGAGAAGGGCUGUGGCAACCAAGUCUUUGACUACAGCACCACAAUUGAUCUUCAGGAUUGCCAGGUCUCCGACUCUGUGUUUUCCAGCCCUGUGGCUUCAGGACACAGUCUAAGAGGGGUCACUCCCCUUUGCUAUGAAGACAGUAAGGGUGGAGAGGGUAGCAUCUCCCAGAGAUACCAAAGUUCGAAUGCAUUGUCUGACACAGCAGGCCAGAAUGUGGUAGACAUGCAGGAGAAAUCACAUACACCGCUACCACCUAUCACUGCUUCUGUGGGAGUUUCAUCCUCUACUCGUCACUCCUCGAUACAAAGGAACUCUUUUGACCUGUCUGCCUCAGAGGAGACCCACUCUCUCAGGCAGCAGGUGGAGCAGUCAGCACCCAUGGAGCAGACAGUCACCACCCAGCCAUCCUCCUCACGGGUUGCCCCGCAGUGGCUGCAGCCUCUGAACAGAGGUGCUCCAGAGGGAUGUGAGACCAGCAGGGAGAGGCCACGGUGGCUGGUACCCCAGCAUUCUGCAGAGCUCAAACAGCCAUCAGCUUCAUCCUCUUCCAUGCUCCCAGAGUUGCCAUGUAACCCAGGACGUGUGUGCAGAGGGGUGGAGAGAACGGCGAAUGGGGUUCAGUGGAAGGCUGACUCUUUGGACCUGAGCUGCGACCUGCUUGAGGAGGUCGGGGAGCAAAGGUCAGACAGGCCCAUCAGCGGACGGAGGAGCUCAUUUAGAAACUCCACAGCCAGUGUAAGGCAGACAGGGGAACAACACCACAGAGCUACAGCACUGACAAACGCUGAUGAGCCCAUGUCUUUGGUGAGUGCUAGCAGAAGGCAGAGUAGCUCUCGGGCCCGGCUGCACAGCCAGCAGGAUGACACCCUCAUGGAGUCCUGGGAUUCACUCACUAAGUUCAACCAAUGUCAGCGUGGACGCAUCUCCAACAUGGCGUUCGAAGGCGACAUAUUUGAUGAGUUUCUUCAGCGCCAGGGCCGUGGUCCACCCACAGUCCCACCCAUCUCUUCUUCACCACCCAGAAGCCCUCUGUCCUCCUUAACCCCUCAGGGGACACUUUGUGAAGGCCCUGAUGACGAUCCAUCCAUGGAGCGGGAGGACGAGUUUGAGAUUCCAGUGUUGCCGCAAGGCCAAAGGCUGGUAAUCAACAUUUUGUCCACCUGGGGUGAUCGUCACUAUGUGGGUCUCAACGGCCUGGAGGUUUUCAGCUCUAGUGGAGAGCCUCUCCGACCUGUUUAUAUCCACGCUGACCCGCCAGACAUCAACAUUCUCCCAGCAUACGGCAAGGAUCCACGCGUAGUCACCAACUUAAUCGAUGGCAUCAAUCGGACUCAGGAUGACAUGCAUCUUUGGCUAGCCCCGUUUACUCCUGGUUGUAGCCACACCAUUUUCAUGGACUUUGGAGUGCCCCACAAAGUGGCCAUGAUCCGUGUGUGGAACUACAACAAGUCGCGCAUCCACUCAUUCCGAGGCGUGAAAGAGGUAGAAAUGCUUCUGGAUGGAAGGUGCAUCUUCAGGGGGGAGAUUGCAAAAGCGUCUGGAACUCUUUCUGGAGGACUGGACCAGUUUGGCGACACUAUCCUCUUCACCACUGAUGAUGAGAUACUGGAGGCUAUGUCUCGUUAUGAUGAGACCUUCCUUAGUGAAGGUGAAAGUCCUGAGAGCAUGGUGUAUGAGGAGGAGCUGCAGAGACCACGCACUGCUGAUGGAGAGGGAGAGGAACGACCUUUUACCCAGGCUGGUUUCAGAGAGGAAGACCUCACUCUGAAACUUCAACUCAACUCUACUAUGAGCCCAUCUGCAGAGAGCUUAGAGCUCAUUCCUGGGAUGCACACAGGAAAGUGCCUUAGACUGGAAAUGACCUUGACAUGGGGCGAUCCCCAUUACAUGGGCCUGACAGGACUGGAGAUCGUGGGGAAGGAUGGAGAGACUUUACCUUUAGAUCUUAGUAUGAUUGCUGCUUCACCCAGGGACCUCAACGACCUACCUGAUUAUGGAGAUGAUCUGCGCACACUUGAUAAACUUAUUGAUGGCCACAACAUUACCACCGAUGACCAGCAUAUGUGGCUGAUUCCUUUCUCCUAUGGAGAGUCCCACACCUUGACCAUUACCUUCAGCAAGGCCCAGACCAUCGCUGGUCUCCGCUUCUGGAACUACAACAAGUCUCCUGAGGACUCUUACAGAGGGGUGAAACUGAUUCAUCUGUUCUUGGAUGAUGUUCCUAUCUCACCAACGGAGGGAUUACUGAUCAGGAAGGGACCGGGCAAUUGUCACUUUGAUUUUGCCCAGGAGAUUCUCUUUGUUGACUUUCUCCAGACUCCAGCUGAUAACAGGAGUAAUGAAGACUACCACAGAGGACACUCUAAGAAACAAGAACAGCCCAGCAUGGACUAUGAGGCUCCCAUCAUGCCUUGUGGGUUCAUUUUUCAGCUCCAGCUGUUAACAACCUGGGGAGAUCCAUACUACAUUGGUCUGAACGGCCUUGAGUUUUACAAUCAGAACCAUGAGAAGAUCAGCCUCAGUGACAACAACAUUGCUGCUUUUCCAGACAGUGUGAAUGUGCUGGACAAUGUGAGCGGUGAUGUGAGGACUCCAGAUAAAUUAAUAGAUGGAGUCAACUGCACCCACGAUGGAAGACACAUGUGGUUAGCCCCAGUGCUUCCUGGCCUGGUGAACCGUGUGUAUGUCAUCUUUGAUCAUCCAGUGACUGUGUCCAUGAUCAAGCUGUGGAACUACUCAAAGACGCCUCAGAGAGGAGUGAAAGAAUUUGGGCUGCUGGUGGAUGACCUCCUGGUAUAUAAUGGCAUCUUGGACUGCGUAAGCCAAGUGACACGAGGCAUCCUGCCUACUUGUGACCCUGUGGUGCCCUACCACACCAUCCUGUUCACAGAUGACGUCUACAUUACUCACAGAGAGAGGAACACUGUCAUCAGCCCCCGUGGCAGCAGACACCGUCAACAUAAUUAUGUGGAGGAUCAGGAUGUGAAGAUGACCAAUGAGAACCAGAUAGUUCAUCACAAUAAGAAGAAGCAGACGGCAGACCCAGCUCUACGACCUAAAACCUGCAUGACUGAUGGUGGGAAACAUGGAAGGAGGAGGUACUGACUGACAUGGAAUCAGUGUUUUUACAGUUUGAGGAGAGCUGAAGGGAAGAACCUAUGGCUGACUCUUUUAUUCCACUUUUUUUGGUGGGUGACUUUUGAAAACCUCCUUUACACCACGUCCCAAAGCAGCCACCCAGCUGUGAUUUGUAAAGGCGUCACCCCAGCAUCUCACACGGUCCACAAUUAAAAGGACAGAGAUUAUACACACACACACAGGAUUCCACUUUAUGGUUGGAUUUCUCUCCUUUCCUUUGCUGUGAAAACGAGUCCACAGAUAUCCUGAACAUGUACUGUAUAGUUGUCCCUCCCUCAGUGCCAGGAGAAAACUGUCGAGGCUGCAUUUUAUCAGCCAUAUUAUUGUGCCUAGUACCAACACUAUUAUCUGUGGCUGCUACUUGUGACUUGUGCUGCAUAUCCCAAUGCUGCUUCUGGCGUGUACAUAAUCCAGGAAAGAAAAAAAAAAAAGCUCAAAGGCCACACGAAUACACUGUCACAUCAGGACGCUACGUUAAUUAAUUAACAUUAUUCACCAACGAGCCUAGGCAUUUAGCUCUCAGCCUAAUGGGUAUGAAAACACUCCCACCAGUGCACAAACCAAGCCUAAUGCUAUGCAGCCACUAAUUUAUAUCUAUUAAUAUUUAUAUAUCUUGGAUAAUAUAUUUCACAAGUGAGUGGUUUUACUUGGGGAAGUACUUUCAGAGAGGUUUUUACAUUUGCAAGAUUCACAUUAACGACUAAUGCGAUAGUAGAGGAACAUUGAGGAUUGAAGCCGCUCAAAGCUUCACAUUAAUACUAACAAAUAUCUAUUUGGCUUCACACAAUUAGGUCAGUUUGUUUUUUCUGCUUCGCAUCAAGUAGGAAAAGCUUGUUUGCAAUCCAAGUGACCUUUAUUGAAGUUGCUAUGCACAUGCACUAGAUUGUUUGACUUUUUUCCCCCUUUUUUUUGGCGGCAAACAUUUCCACAGCAGUCUUUUUAAUUCGGUUAAAAAAUAGAAACAAUUUUCCACUUUUAGCGUUUGAGUAGAUAACAGGCAACUUCUAAUAUGCAAAUAUUAUAAACUUACCUCAAAUUAAGAAGAGCAGUUGUUUAAAAGGGGAUAAAUAGGAAUCUGUGUUCACUAAAAUACUUGGUAGUCUGUGCUGUACUUUUUUUUCACUCAGUGUUCAUUGUACUAACUUGUUGCAUGGGAAAAUCUCCUCAGCAUUUUUUUAGGUGUUUUUACUGCGUCAUUGAGCCCCAGUAUAAACUAUUCUACACUCCUUACAGCUGGGAGUCAUUGUAUAUGAAAUGCAGUUUUAUGUAUUUAAUUUCAUUAUGUCCCGCAGCAGUAAUACUCAUUACUCCCCAUCUCCAUUCUGCUCUGUGGAGUGGUGGCCAUUAUUGUAGCCGUGACAUUUAGUGUUUCGAAAUAUUUAUUUUUCUAAUCUUGAUUAAAUAUGUAUAUUUGAAGUAGGUUUAUUGGAAUGAAUAAAAUGUGAAAAAAAUAAUA